CUUUUUUUACAUGAAAACAGUACAGUAAAAAAAAGUCAGCAUUUUAACUCAUGGAGUCUGAUGAGACAGUACUGCAGGAGAAGAUGAGUUAUCCAGAUAAAUGGGGAUUCUUCACACAAAAAUCGAACCUGAUCACAUAUGGACUGAUAGCGUUAUCCUACGUGAUGGUCAUUGCACUCUUCAUAACAGUCCUGUCACAGAAGAAUCCAUCUCAAAUGGCUACCAUGGCUAGUAAGAAUGACGUCCAGAGCUUGGACUCAACUGUUGGUAACCUGUCACUAAAAAUGAAGCAAAUGGAACGGGAUGUAAAAAAGGCAACCACCUGUGAGACCGGCUGGCAACUUUUCCAAGGCAGCUGCUACUUUUUUACAAGCACCAGAUCUAACUGGAUGAAGGCCAGGACUACUUGUGUAAUUAAACAUGCAGACUUAGCUGUAAUUACUAGUGAGGAAGAACAGACCUUUAUCAGUCGUCAAACAGGAGACCAACCUUACUGGAUUGGUCUGAGUGAUGUAGAAGAAGAAGGGAAGUGGACGUGGGUAGAUGGGACAGACUAUGCAUCCUCAUACAAGGCCUGGAUGCCCAAUGAGCCCAGCGAUAGUGAUAAAAAUGAAGACUGUGCUCACUUGUGGUUGAAAGGGAAAUGGAAUGAUAAGAAAUGCUCCCACACUGAGUAUACGGCUCUCUGUGAGAAAAAACUUGGUGUCUAAUCAACUUUACAUGGAGCCUGCAGGAGCCCCCACAGAUCUGCCUGAGCCAUGAAAUGCUUUUGGUGAAAAGAAGUUAUCUGUCACUUAAGAACACGAGUGAUAAGCACAAGGUGCAGCGGUCCAAGAAAAGAUUUGCCAUAGUUUUGCCUGUAAAUAAAACGUACUAUGCUGCCUACGAAAUUUCUGCUACAAUAAAGAUAUAAAUGAGAAUUUUA